AUGGAUAGCAAAACUCUUUCGGAGUGUUACGAAGCCGUCUGUGCCAAACAUGAGAUAAAAAUAAACCCGUGUAUUUCAGAUACUUUAAAGAAGAGCACAGAAGUAGGAAACCUCUCCUUAAAUCUGAGUGGGAACAGCAGAUUCCACCACAUUCAGAGAAUCAGUGAUGAGGAUGUCUUUUCCUUGACCAUAUGUCUCCAAAAUAACCAGUGUGUCUCAGGUCUGGACCUGAAAUACAACAACAUAGGUGAUGAAGGAGCCGGACACCUCGCUGACCUCAUCCAGGCAGGGGACUCAUCUCUGCGCUCUUUAGACCUGAAGUUUAACAACAUCCAGACGAACGGAGCUGAAGACCUCGCCAGCAGUCUGAAGUGUAACAGCAGCUUGAUGACUCUCAGGCUGUCUGGUAACAGGAUCGGGGACAGAGGAGUCCUGCAUCUGGCCCGGAUGCUGCAGAUAAACAAGACUCUGCAGGAGCUGCAGCUGUCCGACUGUGACCUGGUAAACAUAUUCACAUAACAGUCAGAGUUUAACUGAUCCUGUUUAUUACAGUCGGCCUUUUCUGUGUCUCUGCAGGCCAUCAGUGGACUGUUAGCUUUUGUCACGGUGCUGAAGAACAACACGGUUCUGCGUUCUCUGGAUAUCAGUCGUCCGCUGCUCUUCAGCCAGCAGGAGGAGUGGACCAUGUCCUUCUCAGAGAUGCUGGCGAUGAACAGCAGCUUGGUGGAGCUGCACCUGGGGAAGGUGGGACUGACGGACACCGGCAUGGAGAGGCUGGCUGAAGGCCUGAAGAAGAACAGCACUCUGCGCUACCUGGACUUGCGCUGUAACCGUGUGGCCCGUGACGGAGCUCUCCAUCUGUCCGAGGUGCUGAAGCAGAACUCGACCCUAGAGUUCAUCGAUCUGACGUCCAAUCGGAUCGAGGAUGAAGGCUGUGUGUACCUGAGCGAGGCCGUCACCUGGCCCGGCUGCGUUCUGAAAGAGUUAUCUGUCUGCAGAAACAGCAUCAGCACCGAGGGUCUGCUGUCUUUGGCUCAAGCUCUGAAGACAAACCCAACUCUGACUCACCUGUACAUCUGGGGAAACCGCCUGGAGGAGCCCGUCUGCCAGGUCUUCAGGGAGCUGAUGUCCAGCGGCCGCCUGCCGCCCGAGCAGACAGACGUCAGUGCCUACGAGGUGGACGGCCAUGUUUUCCUCGCCGAGGUCAACCAGACUUUGAGGAAAUAUGUUUCUUUCUCAGACAGUACGGACACGUCCAAAGAUGGUGGGACGUCCUUCAGCUCGUUCCUUUGAUGAACACAAAGGUCAUCUUCAAAACGCCAAUACUGAACCUUCAACACAGCAAAC